AUGAAACUAGUUCACGUAGCCCUGCUCUAUCUCGGCUCUGUGACCUUCUUCGGGGUGGAUGCUGCAAGGGUGGACGUAGCGACAGAGUUCAAAAGAAAAUGGACGAAAUGGGCACUAAGCCGAGCCAAGAGGGACGUGAAGCCUGCGGGCGUGCUCCGAGGGCUGGGGGCAGCCGCCGACGUGCUGCCUCUCAUACGCACCCAGGACGUGAAGGAGGAUUCCCGAGUGUCGCCUCCCAGCAACCGGGAGGAUGCUCACAUCCGCGUCAAGCGCUACCGCCAGAGCAUUAACAGAUUCCCCCACUUCCAAACAAAGGCGUGCCGCUUCGGGACGUGCACGGUGCAUUGGCUGGUCGACGAGCUCCACAGGGCGGCCGUCAACGAUAGGAACGAUGCCGCCCCUCCAAACAAGAUCAGCCCCCAGGGCUACGGCCGCCGCCGGCGUUCCCUGCCCGAGCUCCGCAGCCCAGCGCGCUCCCCCCGCUCCGGGCGGCGCCCACGGACGCGCCGGGCGCAGCCCCUCGCCCUCGUCCUCGGAGUCUGA